AUGGCGCCGCUCGUCCCCGUCUUCUCCGCCGAAACCCUCCCUGACCAUGUCAACACUGUCCGCCGCAAUUUUCAAGAGAAGCGCCGCAAAGGUCCCGCGAUCGAUUUGAAGGAGUGUGCGCUGCUGGAGAUGAUGCAAUACUCGUGCAAUCCACCGCAAGAUGGUAUUCCGCAGCCGGGGGCGGUUGUCUGCAAACCUGUUGUGCGCUUAUUCCGGCGAUGUGCUGGCGGAUUGACGGUCGAGACAACCUCGUGGGAACCACUGCGAAUAGCGGAGGAAGAGGCGGCGCAUAAACGGGAGGCCGAAAGGAGAAAGUGA